UCGUAGUUUAUGAUACCUCAGUCAUUUCAGGAAAGACUGCACCAAGACGAGCAGCAACAUGAAGAGCCUGUUGCUUUUAACAACUGUUUUGGCAGCAUUUCACAUCAGCCACUCCACUCCAGAUUACUGUAGAGAAGGACCUAAUCCAGGUCAAGGCACAAACUUCACCUUUUUCGUUUUCUAUGAUCACGCCUCUGAUCGGUGUAACCCUUUCUUCUACAAUGGCGAGGGAGGAAAUGGCAACCGUUUUACAAGUGAAAGCGAUUGCUUGAGAACCUGUUCACCCAAUGCUGAGAAUACCUACCCCAUGGAUGUCCGCAAAGUUUGCAGAUUAAAACACACCACUGGUGAAUGUGGUGGCACCUUCUUGAGGUAUUACUACGACUCUGUUCAUGACAAGUGCAAAAAGUUCCUUUGGACUGGAUGUAAUGGCAAUGGUAACAGGUUUUUUGAUGCUGAAAGCUGCAACGCCACCUGUGCCGGGAUCCACGAUGAUAGAGAGGAAGAGGAAGAGGAUGAGCCGGACACUCCAAUUGCAAUCAUCUGUGGAGUUUUGCUUGGCGUCAUCAUUCUUGCUGUCAUCAUUGCUGUGACUGUCCUCACAAUUCAGUCAAAGAACAAGAAGAAGAAGAGCUCGAAGCAGGCACCCAAGGCAAAAACCAAUGAGCCCCAGGUGGAGUCACCUCUUCAGGAGAGUGGGAUUGAAAUGGCAUAAAUCUCCUGCAUCACUGUUUGUGUUUAUCUGAAGACCGCAUUCAAAGUUCAAAUUUUUAAAAAAGAUGGUAUUUGUGAUAUAUUAGUUUUUAGUUCAUUUGCUUUUUCCUCUCUUGUGAGCAGAAUGAUCUGUUUUAUCAUACAAUUCAAUGGCAACAUAAAAAGAAGUUAAGAAAAAUCGAAAGAAAAACAAACACCACAGUGUCAUUUUCUAUUUUGUCACAAAAGUUAGGAACGGUUCCACCUAAUAAUGUUUGUAGUCAAAUUGCAGUCAUUUUUUAAUCAUAUUUUCUUUUUCUCUGUUUGAUAUUUCCUAAGAGUAAUUUUUCUUUGUAUUUUUUGUCCUUAUAUGUGAUUUUUUCUUUUUAGGUAAAACUGUUCAGAGAAACCAUUCAGAUUCUGUCACAUUUAUCGCUUUUACAUAGGAUGUUGUUAGGCUAUAAACAGAUGCUUUGUUUCCUGACCAGUUUCAGAGCAGGUGCUGUUAAGAUUGGCCAAAUGUCUAUUAUUAAAGUAUUCUGUGCUGUUUUGGGUGCUUUUAUAAUGUUUGCAUUGCAGCAGGAUUGAAACAAAUGAGUUUCAAUUUGAAUUUGUUUCAAUAAACAAUGCUUGUGUUA